CCUUCCAUUCAUAUCGGCGUCACCUUCUUCUAUCAUUCCACUACUAUCGACUCCGACGAGAUCCUUACUGGCAAAGUCCAUGGCUGCCUAUUGAAGCCAGCCCUCCAUAGUCGGUUGGCGGGUGCUCAGAUUGAUUACGAACCUCAUCUACGGACAACAGAGGAUUUGAAGUACUUCUGAUACCGUGACAAAUCAAAUGUUCCCUCCUCCAGCUCCUUGCUAUUCACAUCUCCGGCCCAACAGAAGGUCCUACAUUCCUUCAGCGCCCGACCGUCUUCAAGCACAACAUCACAGUGCCACCAAGUAUAAACACUGGUUUCGUACUCCUCCAAGCGCUGGAAAUGAGGUUCGGAGUCAACCUUCCACACCGUGCCAGAUAUCGUUCCUUCUGGAGUCCUGAUGAUGGUGGGGUAAAUUCCCCACAUCUUCAUGGAGAAUCCCUUGAUUUCCCCUUGCGUCACGGAUGGGGUUUCGGGGAGAUCAAGCACAGAUUGGAGGACUUCAGCGUCCAUCAAGGAUCCAUAGAAAAACAUGUAGCAUGGUCGGAAUGGAUCGGUCUUUUUUCUCAAGUCAACAUCCGUUGCUGUUGCAUAAGUCUCUUCUGAUAUUGUAGGUCCCGGUGACGGGGUUGGUGGAGGAGCUACCACUGCUACAGGCCUCGAAGAUCGAGGAAAGCUCGGGGGAGGAGGGAGUGGUGGUGGUGGAGGUGGAGGUGGUAAUGGAGGGGACGGUAUGCUCUCCAUGAGUAUGGCUCCCUUGCUGCUUAAUCCCAGAAGCUCAGUCAACAAAGGCUGAUCUGAAUGGAUACAAGUGCUGUCGGCUGUCGUGCGCGGCUAAUGGUGCGCAGCUUGUGAGUACAAGUAGCUAGGUUGUAAACAGUGCUAAUACGAGUAGAAUUCGCUAUUUUCCGUGCGCUGAUAGUUCAAGAGCAAGAAAGAGCGUCUCAUUGAAUUCUCGGAACCUUUUCUGCCCACCGUUUAGGCAACCAUCCAAGAACAUUGGGGAAAGGCUGCUAAGUCCUAUCAAAGCCUUCCCAGUUCAAUCCUCCUGGUUCCUCUCCUGGAAUCUGAGAUCUGAUGCAGAUGCAGAUUUGGCGAUGCAAAGGGUGAUAUUUCUGUCUUGACUACAGUUAUUGAUAAAUGACCUUGACGACCUGGCCUUUGGACUUUUGCGCUUGCCAUCAAAUUUAGGAUCCCCCAGACAUGCUACCAGCCAGCCUACCACGGAACUACGGCAGCAGAAUCUUCGUUUGGUUGGAUGAAUGACUGGUGCCAAGGUAUGCCCCCUUUUUAUAUUGCUGUGCCACAGGAGCCGAGAUUCUUGAGGCGCAGUGCCGCAAACCUGUAUUCGUUCCUACGAAUCAGGCGGGAUUUGCCCCGUAACUAAUAUCAUAUUUGUUUUGAAAGCCCACAAAUAAACCGAGUCUCAGUGGAGUGAUACGCGCCUGAGAUCCAGGAACAGGAUACUUCAGGCAUUGCCUAUGGCUUUAAUUGCACGACACCUCCAUUUCUGUUUCUUCGGAACAUCACAGAAUGUUGCCUUUUUUAUUCCUGACUUUUAUAUCGGCAUGGAGUCUAUGCUUACAAGAAGUCCUCGCGAGAGAGUGCGGUAACGAGACUGGCUUCAUCUCAGGCAUCAUAGUAUGGAGCCAAGAAGAUGCAGACAUCAAGCUCGAUAGCUGCACCAAAUUGAUCUCCACUCUCACCAUUGGGCACAAUUACACGGGCGAUUUUGUUCUGCGCGGUGUCACAAAUUUGACAAGCCAAUUCACAACUUCAAUCGGGUACACAUGGACUAGUCCUUACGAAACUGAGGAAGGCGUACCCGGUCUCACCUCCGUCACGGCACCCGACUUGCUUGAAAUAGGCAGCUAUAGUCUAGAUCUGCAAAAUGCCACUGCUCUCAAGUCUGUAUCAUUUGAAAAGCUUCGAAAAGCUUACAAUCUUGACAUCGAACUCGGCACUUUAGACUCUUCGCUGAGUUUCCCAGCCCUGGAGACUGUCGUAGGUCGCUUGCAAAUUCUGGGAAACUUCUCCAGUAUGAACUUUAAGAGCCUUACCAGUGUCGGUAGCUCUGUGACGAUCAGAAGUCGGCGUGAGAGCUCAGACAACGACUACAUGUAUUCGCUUGAAGCUGGGACAAACUCUCCCCUCGAUAUCGAGUUUCCAUUACUCGUCAAUUGUUCGACUCUGAAGAUUAUAGGAAACAUAUCUCGUAUUUCAAUGCCGAAGCUGGAGACUAUAGCCGAUUUUACUGGGAACAGCAUGUUCUAUGAUUAUGGCCAUGACCUCUCAGUCUAUACUCAAGGACAACCGCUCAAUUUGAGUUUUCCUAUUCUAUGGAAUAUAUCAGAUAUAGCCCUAGCAGGAACAUUUGGGAACAUUUCACUCCCGGCACUCAAGGAUGUCGAAGAGUAUACAGUCAGAAGCAAGCUCCCGAUAAGUGUCAACCUCACACCACUAGAAACUGCAGAAUCUAUUUAUUUUUAUGGCAAUGUGACAGACUACAACAUCACAAGUCUCACGAGUAUAUCCGAGGAUCUGUACAUAAGUAGCGAGCUCUCGCCUGAUUGUGGUCCCGGAAAAGAAAAAUGGCUGGAAUUACACCCAGAAUAUUCCGAUCGUAAGACAUAUAUUCCUGGCUUUAGUUGCAAAGCGAAAACAAAGAAGCAUUUCCCAGGGAAGCAAGUCGCUUUAGGACUUGGCAUUGGAAUUCCGCUUCUCGUCAUUUUCGCCGCCGUCAUUUGGCGCUGCAAAAGAAACAGCAGCAACAAGAAAUUGGCUUCAAAGGACAGACUUCCCGACUAUGAGACUGAGAUGGAAACUAGAAGAAUCGGUGGUGGAGAGAUCUUGCCCGAGUACGCCCCACCAGCAGAAUGGAGCAGCUCGGACAGAGUGAGUCCUGUCAGCAGUGUGGGUAAUGUGUCGAGGCCAACGGGUAGACCUCCUGGCUAUGAAGCUGCAAAUACUCAGGAGUCACAUGUGGCGCAAGUCCAAAGGAGUCGCGAUCCUCUUGUUUGAUUGAUGAAGCAGAGAGUCAUGGAAAGAGGAAUCAGAAUUUUAGCAAUGCCAAGUAUCUAUGACAAUGGGCUUGCAGCUGUCUGACUGAUCUGCAUCAUCUGGUCACAGACACCGCCUGAAAUGUAGAUGACCGAAUUUCACUGGCCAAUCUCCAAUGGAAGCUACUAGCAAAUGGCAAUCUGAAUUGUGGAUUAGAUGCAACGUCCAAUUGUUGGAUCGAAUACUCGAAGCUUCACUCGCUUCGAAGGCUUGAAGCAAAUAAACAAGUAAUGCGGGCCAAGGGCCGCAUUUUAGCUCGAUCGCGGGUCAACCUCGGCCACCGCCACCCAAGC